GGAGUUCUCUUUUUCCAUGAGAAGCCACUUCUUCUAUCCUAAGUGGAGAAAUGACUUUGUUGUUGGGGGGGGGUCCUCUCAUGAGGCACUUUAGAGCACGUCAGAGUGACCGCUGCGAUUUCCAGUGAGAAUCCCAACGCUGGGGGCAGCGUUUUCACUGAAUCAGAACCAGCGCUGAAGCCAGCGCAGAAGUCAACUUUCUCGCAGCCCUCUUGAAAGGGGGCUUCACUUCAAAACAAAAUGCCGCUGCUCAGGUCACUCUCAGUGACCUCUUUGAGCGGACUCCCUUUCUGGGAAGAUGAAAGUUUGCCUGUGGAAGAUUUGAUGUUCUUUGAGAUUUCAUGGGAAGUUACCAAUAAAGUUGGUGGCAUCUAUACUGUAAUCCAGACAAAGGCCAAAGUCACAGCAGAUGAGUGGGGGGAGAACUAUGUGCUGAUUGGUCCAUAUUAUGAACAUAAUGUGAAGACGCAAGUAGAAGUGUGUGAGCCAAACAACGCAGCCAUAAAAAGGGCCAUAGAUUCCAUGAAGUAUCAAGGAUUUCAGGUUUGCUUUGGCAGAUGGCUGAUCGAAGGUAAUCCAUACGUGCUGCUCUUUGACAUUAGUUCUGCAGCCUGGAAUCUGGACAAAUGGAAAGGAGAAUUUUGGGAUACUUGCCACAUUGGCAUCCCUCAUUAUGACAGUGAAUCAAAUGAUGCUGUAAUUUUUGGGUCCUUAACUGCCUUGUUUUUGAAAGAGGUUGUUGAUCAGUUCCACGACAAACCAAACAUCAUUGCCCAGUUUCACGAAUGGCAGGCUGGUGUGGGGCUCGUACUGAGCAGAAUCCAAAAGUACCCAAUUGCAACAAUCUUUACCACUCACGCUACGUUGCUGGGCAGGUACCUCUGUGCUGGCAAUGCUGACUUUUACAAUCUACUUGAUAAGUUCAAUGUUGACAAGGAAGCGGGAGAAAGGCAGAUUUACCAUCGUUAUUGCAUGGAGCGAGCCAGUGCCCACUGUGCACAUGUAUUUACGACCGUCUCUGCCAUCACUGCUGUUGAGGCAGAGAACAUGAUCAAGAGAAAACCAGAUGUCAUCACCCCAAAUGGCUUAAAUAUUAAGAAGUUCUCUGCUAUGCAUGAAUUUCAGAAUCUGCAUGCCUUGUACAAGUCACGCAUCCAAGAAUUUAUUCGGGGCCACUUCUAUGGCCACCUGGAUUUCAAUUUGGAAAAGACUCUGUUCUUCUUCAUUGCUGGUAGAUAUGAAUUUACGAAUAAAGGAGUUGAUUUAUUCAUAGAAGCUUUGUCAAGGUUAAACUUCCUCCUCCGGGUUCACAAGUGUGAUGUAACAGUAGUGGUGUUCUUCAUAAUGCCAGCAAAAACGCACAACUUUAAUGUUGAAACAUUGAAGGGGCAGGCAGUCAGAAAACAGCUCUGGGAUACUGCACACUUAGUCAAGGAGAAAUUUGGGAAGCGACUUUAUGAAGCAUUAUUAAAAGGAGAGACCCCAGAUAUGAACAAGUUCUUUGAUCGGGAUGAUUUGACCAUAAUGAAAAGAGCCAUCUAUGCAACUCAGCGCCAAACGCUGCCGCCAGUGACCACACACAACAUGCUUGAUGACGGUAACGACCCCAUCCUCAACACAAUCAGGCGAAUUGGGCUGUUCAACAAUCGGGCAGACAGGGUCAAGAUUGUUUUCCAUCCUGAGUUUCUAUCAUCUACGAGCCCACUUUUGCCGAUGGAUUAUGAAGAGUUUGUUCGAGGUUGUCAUCUCGGAGUUUUCCCAUCUUAUUAUGAACCUUGGGGAUACACUCCUGCUGAGUGCACAGUAAUGGGAAUUCCUAGUGUGACUACCAACCUAUCUGGAUUUGGUUGUUUUAUGCAAGAGCAUGUGGCAGAUCCAACAGCCUAUGGGAUUUAUAUAGUGGAUCGUAGAUUCCGAUCACUGGAUGAAUCUUGCAAUCAGUUGACUCAGUUCAUGUUUGGAUUCUGCAAGCAGUCACGUCGCCAGAGAAUUAUCCAGAGAAACAGAACUGAAAGGCUUUCUGAGCUUCUGGACUGGAGAUACUUGGCUAGAUACUACAUGUAUGCCCGCCAUCUUGCACUGAGCAAAACCUUCCCAGAAAAGUUCCAAAUGGACCCAAUCAUUCCACCAUUGACCGAGGGUUUCAAAUAUCCCAGGCCAGCAUCGGUGCCCCCAUCCCCUUCAGUGUCCUUGCAUUCAAGCCCGCACCAGAGUGAUGAGGAGGAUAAUGACGAUGAGCGAUAUGAUGAGGAUGAAGAAGCAGAAAAGGAUCGAAGAAAUAUUAAAGCUCCAGCUUUCUCUGGUCCAGUUCCAAUAGGAAAGAGCCAGUCAGAUCUAGAAUAUCAAAAUUGAAUAGAUGGCUAACUUUACCACUUGGAGAACGUAUGGUUACAAUACCUUGUAUGUGGAUAAUAAAUGCAGGGGGAGCAGGUUACAAGUUACAGAGACUAGGAAGAGCUCUCGUACUCUAAUGACAAAUGUGUAUUGGAAACUUGCGUGAACUUGCAAAUAAUUUACAGUAUCUUAAAAAGAUGAGUCCUAUGAAUAUUAGGUAAAUUCUUUACCCUGAUAUAUACAUAAAUUUUCCCCUGAAAGGAUAAAAUUCAUUCUUCCCGUCGUACAUCUGCUCAGUUUGUCUGGUUUUCAUACCUUUAGAACUUAUUUCUCAUAAUGAGUUUCAUGAACUUGCAAAACAACCACCCUUUUGAUUUCUAGAACGCACUUCACCAUUUCUAUAAAUGAGGAUCAUUUUAUUGGAAUAUUUAUAGCAUUUUAUAAUUGAAUCCUUGGUUCUCAUUGGGUAUCAUGUUUGUGGUUUAAUGUUUUGGAAAUGAAGGCAUGAUGGGUAACACUUUUUUUUAAUCUAUAUAAAUUUUGGUCCCAGUGCAUGAAAGAGCCUGCAGCAGCUGACAUUUGAACUAAUGCUUGUCAUUGAGUUUGGAGCACAUCUCAAUGUGUUUUCUGACGUGUAUAAUCCUCCUAAGAUAUCUCAAGAUUGCAAAUUUGUGCUUUUGAGACUUGGAGCACUGCUUUUAUUCUUUGGAUGCUAAAAUAAGUAAUAACCACUGUGGUGAGUGCAAGUUACUUCAUUCAUUGAAGGUCACCUGCUCUUGGUUUUGCCAUUUUUUUUUAAUCCGGGAUUUUUUUUCCCCAUUUUAGGGAUUGUAUGAAAUGGUAUGCAUACAUCCCCCUACCAAGCAUAAAGGGGGAAAUCAAAUUUGAAAUAAACUCCCUUGUUACAUUGCAGUUGCUGCAACCCACAAAGAUGAUGACAUAAACGUUCCACUCUUUUAACCUGAAGGAGCCACUUUCCAACUGGGAACUGAAGCUUGAAAUAUAUUGCACUUGGUUUGGAAAAAAAUGUAGCAAAAUUGUUGGGAGAUGAUUGUAUAAAUACAAAACUAAAUGAUGUAACUUUAAUUGUUCUUUAAAACCAAGUAAAAUAUUUCAGUCCAA